UAUAAAAAUUUUAUUUCUAUUGUAUAGUUUGAAAAAUUUAUAUGAUUUAAUAGAUUGAAUGACAACUAUAUUCAAUUUUUUUCGAUUGAUUUUAUUAUAUUCUUGAUAGUUUUUAUAAGUUGCCGUUAGAGACCGCCACAGGAUUUCGAUGUUUCUAGCAAUUUAGACUUAACGGUUUACGCACUGCGCGUACACUAAUUUCUAACCUAAUAUCAAUGUCAUUUGUGUUAUUCUAUGUUCAUGUAGUAUAACAUUUAUAUAGUAUACUUUCGAAUGCUUUCUAAAUCAUUUAUGAAUUAUUAGUAAGAUCAAAUAAAAAAAUGAAGUUACGUGAUUUUAUCUACGUUAAAAGAUAACGUAUAAAUAUAUAACAGCUUUACUAUAAUGAUAUAACUUUCAAAUAAUGUCUUUUGAAAUUAAUUCGAAAAAUAUCAACCAUAGCAUAAGCAAUGUUUUCUAAUACCUGUAUAUAAUGUUUGUAUAUAAUAAUUAAUGACUUGUUCAAAAUAUUUUAUGACGUAACAAAAAAUAAUUCAUUAAAGAACUAGUUAAAAUAUAAAGUGAAUGAUUUCUAAUAGUCACUAUGUGUGGAGACGCCCACAUCAAAGAGCAAUGGCAACUUUUACAAAGUCUUCGAUCUAUUGUAGAAGGUUUAUUAGUUGAUGGUGUUUUAAACGUAUGGAAUGUUUAUGGUGGUUUAAAUCGUCUUCACAAUGUAAUGGAACGAAUAUUCAAACAUGGCUGUCGAAUAUUUAAUCGAAAUGGAGAACCAGAUUGUUGGAUUUUUAUUCAAGGAUUAAAUUGGCUGCAGCCUUCUGUUGCAUUAUCACCUGUUGUUUCUGAUACAGAAGAUUAUCUCUCAAAUUUACCAACUCGAAUCACAGCACAUAAAGAUAUGUUAUGGUUAUACAAAAGUUUGGAAAAUCAUUCUUUGUCACACAAACUUUCAUGGCUUUUGUCUGAUAAGGAACAUUUAUUUUCUUGUUUUGAACCAUGGGCAUUUUUAUGUCAAGAAAAUUUAGCUGAAGCUACAUUAUUAUGUUUAAGAGCAGUUGAAAGAAAUCAACCUAUAUUACUUACAGAAAUUGAUCCAUCCUUGUUUUUACCUUUUUGGAUUGCUCCUAAAAUAAAUCAAAAAAAACAUCGUAGAUCUUCUUCAUAUCCAAUAAAUUUUUCAACUAUAAAUUUUAAUGCAAGAGAUAAAAUUGUACAUGUUGAAAAAUGUCAAUUAGAAUCAUUAAAAAUAGCUUCAGAUAAUAAUAUGCAACAUGAUGUUAGAUCUGAUGAAAAAAUUCAAGAUAAAAUAUCAGAUCCUAAAGAAAUUAAUGAUAUACCUUUAAAAAGUUGGAGUAGUCUCUCAGCAUUAACUAAAAAUUGUAUAACUCUAGAAAAAAAUGUUUCUAUAUCUUCAUCAUAUAUGGCAAAUAAUAGUUCACAUAAAAAUCAUGAUUCUCAAACAUCUUCUGUUGAAUUAUCAAAAAUAAUUAAUGUAAAUUAUGCUGAGUUAAAACAUUCAACAUCAACAGUUAUAGAUAAUAAAUUACUUAUAAAACCAAGAACUCCCAUAAGGAAAAUAAAAAAUAAAACUAAAAUGAAAGAAACUCAAUAUAUAAAGAAAUCUAAUGAAGAUUCUGAUGCAUUAAAUAAUGAAGAUAUAUCAAUAAAUACAGUAAAGGAAUAUCGAAUUCCAUCUCUUAUACCAAAUGAAACGAGUUCAAAUAUAUAUAAUACAAAUUCUACUGAAAUAGAAAUAUCACAAAAACCAAGAAGAAAAACUUCUUUUUUACCAGGAUCAGCACCUGAAUUCAUUAAUCCAUGGAAUUUAGAAAUUGAAGGACAAAAAGAUAUAAGAACACCAAAGAAAACUUUUAUGGAAGAUGGUGGAAGCAGUGUUCAACCUAUGGCAAUAGGAUAUUUUCCAUGUCCAAUAGAAGGUCAAAGUUUAACAAAUUUCUUAGCAUCUGCACAAUUUUCCAGAGCAAAUGCUGAAUUGGAUAGAGAAAACGCACAUUUCAGUAUUUCUGAAGCCAUGAUAGCUGCCAUUGAACAAGUAAAAUGUAAUAGACAAUGGCGUCUUAUGGAAGAAGCAAUUGAAGAAAGCGAUGAAGAAAUAAAUAGCUUAAAACAAAGAAUACGAUUAAGACGCCGUCAACGACAAGAAGAGCGAUGUAAAAGAAGAACGUGGAACCGCGAGUUAUUAAGCGAUGGCAAAACGGAUACGACUACUACUGAUCAAAGUGUUAGUCCAUUAUCAACCUCAUCUGAUACUCCAUCAGAAAAUAUAUCCACUGAUGAUAUAGAGGAUUUAGAAGUAGAUGACGAGCGAAAUGCAAUAAAACUUAAGAAUGCUGGGAUUUCUAUAUCUAUGGCAUCCUUAUAUUCCGAUGCAGAUUUAUAUCAAUCAUCCCCUGCUCAUGAAACAGAAUCAACAUUAACGGAAAGUAGCAUGUCUGCAGAAGGAGUAGCUUUAUCACUUCUUAGCAAAUUUAGUGAAAAACAAUUACCGAGAGCAAGCGAAUUACAAUGGCUGGUUUCUGAAAUAGAUGUACCACAAAGAUUAUUACCGUUACCAAAAAGUUGGCCAAUUAAUCCAGAUGAUGCAGAAAAUUCACAAUCAAUUCCUUUGCGUGGAACUACAGAUUGGGCUCCACCAAGGCCUCAAAUUAUUUUUACAUCACAUCCUCCACCAGUGCGACGCACUCUUAUAGCUAAACAGAAUUAUAAAUGUGCAGGAUGUGGAAUGAAAGUUGCAAUAAAAUAUGCAAAUAAAUUUCGUUAUUGUGAGUAUUUAGGUAGAUAUUUCUGUACUGGAUGCCAUACCAAUCAAGUAGCAUUAAUACCAGGAAAGAUUUUAUCUAAAUGGGAUUUUAAUAGAUAUCCUGUAUCAAACUUUUCAUAUAGAUUAUUGGAUCAAAUGACAUCAGAUCCAUUAUUUCAAAUAAAUGACUUGAAUCCAUUGUUAUAUAGACGCAUAAAACAAUUAGCUAAGACAAGACUAUUACGUUCACAAUUAUUUUUCUUUAAAGAUUUUCUAUUUACCUGUCGAUUCGCAACAAGUGUUCAAGAUAUCUUAAAAAAAGAACCAAAUUAUAUAAUAAGCGAACCUCAUAUAUAUUCUAUUCAAGAUUUGAUGCAUGUUAAGUAUGGUAUUUUACCAAUGAGACUACAAGAAUUAGUUCAAAUGUGUAAUAUGCAUAUUAUGGGCUGUGAGUUAUGCCAAGCUAGGGGAUUUGUAUGCGAAUUAUGUUAUUCCAAAGAUGUCAUAUUUCCAUGGGAAUUCUCAAAAGUUAAUAGAUGUGAAAUGUGCGGUGCAUGUUUUCAUAACGAAUGUAAGCAAAAUUUUAAUAAGAUAGAUUGUCCGCGCUGCAUUCGUUUACGUGCUAGACGAAUAUCUAGAGAACAAUUUUGACAUAUAGCAAAAUUGUUUUGCGUCAUAUCUUUACCUAUGAGUAUCGAAUGUAUAAUUUAAAAUUUAUUUAAAUCAGAUAUAAAAAGUUUAUAAAAAAAUCAGAUAUUCCCAAAUUUGGUUUUUAUUUAUCAUAUUUAAUAUAUAAUUAAAUUGUUAAAUAAUAAGUAAA